AUGCCAACAAGCCGAUUUCCGACAUCGUCUGAUCCACCCAAGCACCUGGUUAAGACGAAGCUAUGCAAACAUUUUACGAAAGGGUACUGUCGGUACGAGGGAAAUUGCACCUUCGCUCAUCAGUUGGACGAGCUCGUGUACCGGCCCGAUCUUACGAAAACAAAGUGGUGCGCCCGGUUUUUGUCCGGCACUUGUCAUGCCAACAAUUGCAGCUUCGCCCACAGUGUCGCCGAACUCCGGCAUGUGGAUCCUGCCCGUACUGCGACGAAAGAGCAGGAGGAGCAGAGCUCGGCGGCAUCUGGAUCUUAUGCCUCUGUGGGGCUGCGGCAAGCUUUGGCCGUAGAGAUGUCUCCACUCCCGGUGGCAACAAUGCCGACACCUCCCCAGCAUUGGUUUAACAGGCCAGAAGAAGCGACGACGGAGGCGUCGCCGGUCCUCCAAGAUUAUGGUGAAGAUGCUGGCGGCGACGGUUUGAACGUCCGUCCCAGGUGCAGGUGGACGUCAGUGUGCAUCCGCCUGUUACUGUGGAAACGACGUCGACUGUUACGACAUGGCCGUAUCCUUCUUUCCAGAUCCGGGCAGGAGGUGUUGUGCAACGCAGAAGUGGAUUCUUGGAGCACUUUGUGA